UUACAAAGGGGUUCCAUUUUGGCCCGGAAUAAAGUCAUUAGUAGAUCAUAACAUAGGAUCCUCCAUUUCGUUUUGAGACUUCGUAAGAUGCAGUAGCUAGUGGCAAUUCUUCUCUAUUAUAAUAUUCGACAUCUUUGGAAAAACGAAAAUAUGGACUUUUUGCGACUUUACAAUUACCUUGACGGUUCGUUUGCAUCCGAAGAUGAAGGCAUUGGUGACAAUCGUCUGCAGUGUUAUAUUGGAAAAAUUUACGAAAUUCGACAGGUAACGGAAGAAAAGCGUUUACUUUUGAUAAAAUCCUUGGAAUUAGAAGACACUGUUCCAAACGAUGCAAAUCUCUACAUUCGGGUCGACGACAAUAUCCUCAACAUUGGCCAAGUUGCCUACAGUUGGAUCACAAAGGACGCGGAGGCAAUUCACCGAACCGAGAGUAUCUACAUGAAUUCAUCAACUCGCAAUUUGAUAUCAAUCGGAAUGGACGUGUUCGCCGAUGACGUACCAUGUUCACCGACGAGAAUCGAGAAAGAAAGCUUCGACGAUAUGAUGUACGAUACGCCACAUUCCCUUCAAUUGGAACGCGACGCUAAUCCGUUUGAAUUUCAUUCGCCUUUGUGGCGUCCCAAUAAUCCCGAACCUCAUGACGAACCAAAUUACGAGGAUUUUGACUUUAGUCUCAAUGUUGGAUCGUUAGCACUCUAUGAGAGAAUGGAACGCGAUGCAUUUUUUGAUAAUAGUGAAUCGCUUUUAUCUCAACUGGCUUUGCCAGCUUUUCUGCCAGAUUCAGAGCCAGGUUUAUUGUCUGAUUCUUUGCCGGAUACAGAGCCAGGUUUAUUGGCGGAUUCAGAGCCAGAUUCUUCGCCAGCUUUUUUGCCAGAUUCAGAGCCAGUUUCUUUGACAAAUUCAGGGGCAGUUUCUUUGCCAAAUUCAGGGCCAGUUUUUUUGCCAAAUUCAGAACCAGAUUCUUUGGAAAAUUUAGAGCCAGAGGCCGCAAUGGUGAUAGAAAUGUCGGAAUCGUCGGAUGAAGAUGAACCAUCGUCGUCGUCGACGCCGGUUUCAUCGCCAACUUAUUCUGGAUCAGGUGCGGCAAGGACGACCGCUAGGGAACCAAAGGCUGUUAAACCUGUACCAUUAUCGUUGUCCAUAUCAUUCUCGUCAUUAGCUUUAGGAAGAUUGGGACCAUUGCCAUUAAGAUCAAUAUCACCAACAUUAAGAUUAGCACCAUCAACAUCAAGAUCGGUACCAUCGACAUCGAGAUCAGUACCAUCAACAUCAUCAUCAGUACCAUCGACAUCAAGAUCGGUACCAUCGAGAUCAGUACCAUCAACAUCAUCAUCAGUACCAUCAACAUCAAGAUCGGUACCAUCGAGAUCAGUACCAUCAACAUCAUCAUCAGUACCAUCAACAUCAAGAUCAGUACCAUCAUCAUCAUCAUCAUCAUUACCACCAUCAUCAUCUUCGGCAGGAGCAUCAGGAUCGUCAAGAAGAAGAUUCGAUUAAAAACAAUAUCACAACCUUGCUCACAACUACUACGACGAAUUUUGAUAUUUUUCGAAACCGCCAACGAGGAACAGUAAUUUUUUAAUUGCAACUUAACAAACAAAAUUCUUUAUUCCGUUUUAUAAACUUUAUAAAUUUUAUAAAUUUUAUGAAUUUUAUAAAUUUUAUGAAUUUUAUAAAUUUUAUGAAUUUUAUAAAUUUUAUGAAUUUUAUAAAUUUUAUGAAUUUUAUAAAUUUUAUAAAUUUUAUGAAUUUUAUAAAUUUUAUAAAUUGUUCCUAACGUUCCUAACGUUCGUCCGACACGACGCUCGUUCCAAGUUAUUAACAUUGGAAGGUUCGAAUAUUAAUUAAAUUUUAAUAUUAGUUUCAAUAUCAUAACAAAUCAUUUAGAUUUCAUUCUCAUGGCAAUUUUUUUUUUUAAUUUUUCUCAACAGAUUUAUUAUUAAUGCGCAAUAAUUGGUUUAGAAAUUAUUUUUUCGAAGCUAGCACUUCGAGAAAUUUUUUAGAAAAUAUUUUUUCGAUGUUGUCACUUCGAGAAAUUUUAGAAAUUAUUAUUUACGAUUUUUAUUUUUAGCUUAUUUCUUAUUGCAUUAUAUUAACUUC